UGUCGUUCAAUUUAUAAACAAAAUCAGCUGUGGCUGCCGUCAACUCCAACGAAAUUUUUAUGUAAUUGACAUGGCCAAAGAAUCGGAAAAAGCUGACUUAAAAUCGAAUAACUCGAAUACCACAUUGGAAGAUGCGUGGGCGAUACGGCCCUGCCACUUGUACAAGGAUGAGUACGACGAUUGCACGAGCUUCAAGGCCCGUUUCCACCAGUACUUCAUCUUUGGCAAGGAUACGGACUGCUCUCAGUGGCUGACUGAUUACAGAAAUUGCGAACGCUUUCAACAGUCUAACGGAAACGACAUAGCGGCUGGAUCAGCCGUGGUUAAAAGCGAGGAGCAACGUCGCCUGACUCGGCUGCGCGCCCACUUUGCCAACGACACCUGGCAAAAACGCAAAGUGCCUCCGCAGGACUGGGCUGCACCUCUGCCCGAUUGGAUGGAAAAACGCAAUGAGAACACAUAUCUCGAGAUAAAGCAAAAAGAGCUUUCGGGACAAGUCCCGCCGCAGGAAGAGGAUCGAAGCUUAUGUACUAUUAUGUGAAAAUAUACGUUUAAGAAAA